AUGGCCUCCCAAAACGUCAAGAAAGUCACCAAGACGCAAACUAAUCGCCUACCUGCUCCUGCCCUCUUCGUCGGGCCACCAUCGCACAAUGCUUCCAACACUUCGUUACACGAGAUUCGAUCCCCUACAAAGACGCCCUUAGUCCGCCAACGUUCACUGCUCUCCCCAGAUUCGCAGCGACCUCUUCCACCUACGACAACCAACGAUGGCGACCACCUCAGUCUUACUUCCACAAACCCUUCCGCGCCCUUCCAACGGCGACAAAGACAGCAUAGCCAAGCAGCAGAUGCCGAAGCAUCAUCACGCGCCGAAGCAAUAUGGGCCGAGAUGCAGAACACAUUGGAGGAGGUGGAGCUGAGCGCCACCAAGGGACCAGGUAUGACCGUCUUCGGUUCUGAACAUUCCCGAGCCCUUGAUGAGCUGCGAAAAGCGCAGAUAGAACUCGCGAAAGCAUGGGCACGCUCAGAAGAGGAUGAACAGACACCCGAACAGCAGAAGAAGUCACAGGAUAGCAAAGCGAACGAUCUGCAACCACAGAGCCUUGCACACCCCCAUGACGGGGCAGGAUCCGGAAAGGGUGAGAAGUUGUUUGAUCGCAUCAAGCUUGAGGAGGAGACAGAAAAAGAUAUCGAGUUGAGCCGGAAGAGGAGAGAGGAGAAUGACAGGUACUUUGAGAAGGUAAACAAGGGUGUGCAAGAGGUCGUUGUAAGGUUGGAAGAAGUUGCAAAGGCGAUGAGGGGAGUUGAGAGCGAGAGCAAAGAGAUCUGGGGGCAUGGCAGCGAAGAAAGCGUGGACACUGCAAGCGUCACGACGGCACCGAGCGUUACCUGA